ACACCUCACCGGGGCAUCAACCUCCAACUUAUACAACCAACUUAUUGCAAACGCCACAACUCCUCUGCUGCUCGGACAUAUCAUUUGUGAUAUCUGGCUGAGCUCUGCCAAACUCUCCCAACCUUCCUUCCUACAACCCGUAAACAACAACAAACACCCAUAAAGCACAAACCAACAAUAACCGCCAAAAUGGAAGUAAUACCCCUCAUCCUCCGCUUCAUCCAGCUCAUCUUCCUCAUCAUCCUCACCGGCCUCAUCGGCAACGUCAUCGCCCUCGAUGUCGACGCCUCCACCACCGCCCGCGCCGCCAUCAACUUCACCAUGUUCGUCAUCGCGCUCUCGUGGGUAGUCGCUCUCUUCGGCCUAGUCGCCGCCCUUUUCCAGAGCGUCGCCAUUCCGCUAGUCAUGCUCAUUUUCGACGCCGCCGCCACGCUCUUCACCGUCGUUGCCGGCAUCGUGCUGGCUGCCAAAUUGGGUACUCCGAACUGUGGAAAUCUCGCGAAUGAUUCUUAUGGACAUAAGUGGAUCGCGUACGGGAGUGCCGAUGAUGCGAAGAGGUGCAGAGAGAUUCAGGCGGGAACGGUGUUUAUGUGGUUGCUUCUUGCGGCGUUUUCGGCGGCGUUGACGUUGGCGAUUAUGAGCUGGAGGAGGACGGGCGGAAGCGUGAGGAGCGGGCCGACCAUGUCACAGGUGGUCGUCUAAGGCGGUCGGGGAGAUGGAGUGGUGGUGGUGGUUGGAAACCUUGAGAAAGUGCUCGAGAAGAGUGUUGAAGAAAGCUGGAGAGCCUGGAUAGUUUUGGUGGUGUGCUUGGAUGGUAUGAAUAGGGCCAUGACAGCAAGGAUGAGUUAUGGUGACGGAUGGCUAUUCGCUUCAUCAUGGGUGUGCGGUGUCGCAACCCCUCGACAAUUAUACCUAGAUCAGUGUAAUGACAUGGUGAUGCCUUGGGUUAAUAUGGCGAACGAGGAAAGGAAGAUCAGAACCUGCAUGUUAUAUAGUAUCAGUCGAACCUAAAG